AUGGCGAAGGCAUUGGCAGGACAUGAUGUCGCGGCAAGAGAUGUCGCAAAGAUUUCAGAGAUCAGUCAUCUUCUCGAGCAAGAUACAACACCAUGGUAUAGAAAGAAGAAUCUUCGAAGACUCUACUUGUUCCUGGUACCUUCAGCACUGGGUGUUGAGAUGACAUCAGGUUAUGAUGGAAGUGUCUUGAAUGGACUCCAAGCAGUACAACCGUGGCAAGAUUACUUCGAUACUCCAAAUGGAGCAUUACUGGGUGUGAUGACAGCCGCCUUCUCAAUUGGAGCCGUCCUCGGUCUCCCUCUGGUACCAUACAUCAAUGAUCGUUAUGGCAGGAAGGCCUGCAUCGUGCUUGGAAGUAUCAUCAUCACGAUAGGCGCAAUAUUGCAGACAGCAUCUGUGAACAUUGCCAUGUUUUUGAUCGCCCGCAUCAUCCUUGGAAUGGGAAUUGUCUAUGCCAUCAGUGGUGCCUCACAGCUCCUUUCAGAACUGUCAUAUCCAAAAGAGAGAUCCGUGAUAACAGGUCUCUUCAAUGAAAGUUGGUACGCUGGAGCGAUCAUUGCUGCUGGUGUAACACUCGGGACUUUCUCCUGGAAAAGCGAUUGGAGUUGGCGACUUCCUUCACUAUUGCAACUUCUGCCUUCGACAUUGCAACUCACUUUUAUAUGGUUCGUUCCUGAAUCACCGCGUUUCUUGAUUUCACGCGAUCGACACGAAGAGGCUCUGGAGAUCCUAAUCAAGUACCACGCCGAAGGUGACCGCGACAGCCCUUUGGUUGCAGCAGAGUUCCACCAGAUCCGUGAGACUAUCCGUAUGGAAUUGGAGAGCACCAAGACCCCUUGGAAGCAGCUUGUUACGUCCAGUGUCAACCGCAGGAGAGUUCUCAUCGCCGCCUGUGUUGGUACAUUCUCGCAAUGGUCUGGUAAUGGCUUGGUUUCGUACUAUUUGAGUCGGGUACUCGCCUCGAUUGGAAUCACCGUGAAGAGAACACAGAAUGAGAUUAAUCUCGGACUGGCAUGUUGGAAUCUCGUAACCGGUGUGACCGGUGCAUUUCUGGCUCACAAACUGCCGCGUCGUCGACAAUACUUGAUCUCCUAUACUGGAAUGACAAUCAUGUUCGCCUGCUGGACAGCAGCUUCAGCCACGUACGCAAAAGAUCACACAAACCAUCAUGCCGCUAUUGCCGUGGUCGCGCUGAUUUUCAUAUAUUAUGCCUUUUACAACCUCAUGAUGCCUCUCACUUACAUUUUCAUCUGCGAGGUAUUCCCAUUCAUUCACCGCAGCAAAGGUGUGGCUAUAACACAGUUCUUCUCACGCGGAAGCUCUGCCUUUAACCAAUUUGUGAAUCCGAUCGGGCUACAGAACAUCGAAUGGAAGUAUUAUAUCGUGUAUGUUGUCUGGCUGGCAUUCGAGACAACUACCAUCUUCUUUAUAUAUCCCGAGACCAAAGGGCCAAGUCUGGAAGAGAUUGCAGUAGUCAUGGAGGGCGACAAAGCCAAUGUCGAAGUUAUUGAGAUUGGCGGAAUAGCGGGAAAAGGAAGUAGUGGUGUUCAUGAGGUUGAGAAGGCCUGA